UACAUAUUUGUAAGUGCGUUCGGUUGUGUAAUUUAGUGUUUUCGUUUCAGAAAAAUCACAACAUAUUAAUAUAACAUAUAUUAUUAGAAUAAUAAUGGACGCUGUUAAUAACGAAUCGAUUAAGUAUAUUAUUUUUGACAAGUAUUUACUCUCCGGCGUGAAAAUAUUAUUUGAAAAACAAUAAUCAUUAUCUCAUUCGGGACAGGACAUGGGAGACGUCGGCGAAGUGUUGAAGGACGUGUCUCAAAUGUCGCCGGAAGACCUGAAGAGGCAAAACAGGAACCUGCAAAAGUUUUUGGUCAAAGUCAUUGACUUGUUAAAAGAAAAAACCGACAGGUGCACGACACAGGAGAAACACGUGGAAGCGCUCACGUUGCAAGCAAAGUCGCUCAAGGAAGUCGUGCAGAUCACCAAGCACAUGUUGGAGAUACGCAACACCGAAGUGAGCCGCAUGUCGGAAGACCUGGAAAGUCUACAGUCGAAAAUCAACGACGAGAGGACCCGGCACAGCGCCAUUAUCGACAAAAUGAACCAAGCUGCCAAAUUAAACGACGAACUCAGAACUGAAUACAAACUACAGUCGGAACGUUUUGAAAAAAUGCGUGUCAAGUACGACGAAAGGUUCAACAUACUCACCGAAGAAAAUAAAAGGCUCCAAGAGUCUUCGGCAACAGUUACCGAAACAACGACAGACUGAAGAAUUUGCUGUAAAAUUGAUUUUUUUUCUUCUGUAAAAUCUAAGCACAUUUUAUUAUAUUGUACAAUAUAUAUAUUAUAUAUAUA